AUGCCGGGUGGAGUUCUACUCCGGCCGUACCAUCUAGCUUUUCGGUGCGACUUUGGGUUUGCGGGGACAAUUGACCCUGACGAGACCGAGCUGCUGGUGAGCCUCAUUUUGUCAGAAGGGUUUCGCACGAACCCCGACCUGAUUGGGGUUGAAAAGCUGGCGGUGGUGGCGCCAGACAAAGCGCUCCUCGAGAGCCCCUACAAGCCGCUUCCACGGCUACCGUCUGCUGGCCAGGCGCUUAUUGACGCAGGUGAUGCGCUCCCGCCCUUCUCAGUGGCGUUUGUGAAAGGAUGGCGCCGAUCGGUUUGCGCACUCAUUGUGGCAGAGGGGGUCCGCACGCUGGACUUGUUGGAGGCGGUUUCCGACGACUACAAGGCAAGCAUGAGCACCAUCUACGGAAGCGUGGGCCGCUAUGGCAGUGUACGAGACCAAGUCUUUGCCAACCGAGGCGUCACUCUGGCUAGCAGCUCCACGCGGCGAGCGCCGAACUGCUUCAAUUUUCUGCGCCAAGCAGAAGUUCUGGAAAGGUCCGGCGCCGCGUCCGAUUUCACUGAGGAAUGGGACACCGCUUCCAAGGUGGCCAAAGCGUUUCAGCUGGGUCGCACAGAGGCCAACGCUGUGUCUUCCCUCCGGAGCAAGGUUGCGGUAGAGAACUUGCAGUUGCUGCGGGACAGCGUCGAUGUGCGGGGCAUGCGCGGGUUUCUGACCAACGAGGUUGUCGCCAAGGACGUGUUUGCCACUGGGUGGACAUCAGGAUUUGGCCCCUUGGAGCAGUGGCAAGCAGAGCUCACCAACGACCCCGACGGCUUUGUUGUGCACUUGCUCAUUCAACGGCUUUGCGUUGAUUGGGACAAGCAGGCCCCUUCAAUGCGCUCUGCCUGGACCUUCCGCGCAACCCUUCCUGUUCACCAGGCUUGCGGUCUUUUCUUGCAUUUCCUUUUCCUGCUUCAGAGCAGGGUGCCCGAGGAAGUGCAAGUGCAAUCCAAGGGGCGCCUCCGCGAAUUAUUCCUUCAGGGCUACAUGGAUGCCGAGAUCGAGCACGUUCUGGUGAACACCGUGCCGCCUGGUGACCUCCGCAACAUCACUGCUUUCAGGGAUGUGACUUCCAAGCACGAGAACCAAGUGUCCGAAGAGGCGGAGAAGCGGGAUAGGGAGCUUGCCCGGCGUGUGGCAGAAGCCACUCUGGCGCAGAUCAAGAGCAAGCUCCAGGCGGACAUUGUUGUCUUGAAGUCCCGACUCCCCACCAGGGAAACUGACGCUCGCGAGACUGCCUUAGACGUCCUCUACCAGCAGCAAAGACAGAGGCCGCUUAUCCUGUUGAUCAAGUAA